AUGAGCCACAUGAAGUUUUUUAAAUAUUUCUCGGAAAAGAAUCGGCAGAAAAACAACGCCCCCCCGGAGAGCUCCUGCGGAAUGUCAUUUCACAAAAAGAGGUUUCGAAAAUAUUUAAAUUUUUUAAUCAUCAGACAUAAAGGGAAAGACAAAAAAAUAAUUACCGAUGAGAAGGACAACCUGGAGAAGGAAGAGCAAGAAGAAGGAGAGAGGGAUGGCUGCAUCCCUCGAAUUGGAAACAACAUUACGGAGCAGAGGUCCAUCAAAAUGGACAAAAAUGGAAAACAUAGAAAUAGUGCAAAUGAUGCAAAUAGUGCAAGUAAUGCAAAUAAUCCAAGGAAUGCAAACAAUGCCAACGUUUUAAAAAAGAAAAAUUUUAAUGACAUCUUCGCACCGAGCAAAAACUUCAAAAUGAGUAAACACAGCAACUGCACCAUGAACAAAGGCGGAACGCGCAAUAGUGUGGAGAGGACCAAAUUAUUUAAACUAAAUUACGAUCAUCAUAAGAAAAGCAGGGGGCCUUUAUUCAAGUUCCCAUUUUUAAAGAGAAAUAAUUGCAAAAAGGAGGAAAUUCAAGACUUUAUACAAGUGGACAGUACUGCAGGGCUGGAAUUUUCCACCGAUGCUCAAAUGAACGAUUAUAAAAAUCAGGUAGACAGAUAUGCCUGUGCACAUUCGUAUGGGAAUCUGAACUUUUGCAAAAUGUACUCCAAGGGGGGAAAUUUUCAGAGUUCGAAAAAUAUGUAUGGUGAGGAUAGAGACAUGUUUACCAAUAAUAUGUACAUGUAUGCAAAUACCAUCUUGGAGGAGGCAACUCGGGGGAGAUUGCAGAAGCAGAAGUCGGCCACCCCCUCUAAGAAGGCCCAAACCGCCAAAUCGCCCAAGUUCAAGGCGUUCAAGUCGAACUACUGGAUCUUCAGGAGUGGCGCGAAGAACAGGCCCCGCGAGGAGGAAGCCACACACCAGGGGGACGACCUCGCCGCGAACCUCAACGGAGACGUCUCUCACAAGGACAACAUGGCGAACAUGAAUCACUCCCCCCUGAUGAACAAGAAGGACAGGAGCAGCCAGGUCUUCAAGCUGAACGACGAUUGCCUAUUCCUGCACGACGAGUACGAGAAGCAAAAGAAGGGGAGGUUCAGAAAAACACUGUCUAUAUCUUAUGGAAGAAGGAAGAAAUCACUCAGGCCAGACAACUUCACCUUCUUAAAGGUAAUCGGCAGAGGCUCAUACGGAAAAGUGCUGCUUGUAAAGCAUACCCAAAACAACAAGCUCUACGCCAUGAAGAUACUCAGAAAGGAAAACAUAAUUUCAAGAAAUCAACUGGAACAUACGAAGAUCGAAAGGAAUGUCUUAAAGUGUGUCUCUCAUCCGUUUAUUGUCAAAUUGUACUAUACUUUUCAGACCUCCAAGAAGUUGUAUUUCAUAUUGGAAUACUGUCCCGGGGGGGAAUUAUUUUUUCAUCUAUCCAAAAUGAGAGAGCUUACCGAAGAAGCAGUCAUAUUCUACAUGGCGGAGAUCAUCCUAGCUUUGCAAUACUUACACAAGCUAAACAUAAUUUAUAGGGAUGUGAAACCAGAAAAUGUGUUACUUGACGAAAUGGGUCAUAUAAGGCUAACCGAUUUUGGCCUAUCCAAGGAAGGAAUUUCGGACAACAACUCUGCCAAGUCGCUUUGUGGUACCCCCGAAUAUUUAGCUCCUGAAAUUAUCGACCAAUGUGGACAUGGGAAAGCGGUUGACUGGUGGAGCCUCGGCAUCAUGCUGUACGAAAUGUUAACUGGAAAAUUACCGUUUAAUAGUUCCAAUAGAACUGUCCUGUUCAAAAGAAUCAAACACGAGACGUUAAGAUACCCCUGCUUCUUAUCACCUGAUGCUGUAGAUUUGUUAAAAAAAUUAUUUGAAAAAAAUCCAAAGAAAAGAUUAGGGUCAGGAGCUACCGACGCAGAAGAAAUUAAGAAUCAUCCUUUUUUUAAAAAUGUCAACUGGGAUGAUGUGUUGAACAAGAAGGUCAAACCGCCUUUUAAACCCCCCCUCUUUGACCAGAUGGACCUUCAAAAUUUCGACAAAGAGUUUCUAGGCAUGCCGCUACGGUACUCGGACAAGUUUGACAGCAACCCGGUUGGCUUUAAGACGCAGGAGAGCUACAUGAUCAAGGACUUCAACUACAGUUUGUAUGACUAG